UCACCCCAUGGAAUACUUGCUUGUUUUACCUACAAAUAGAACGUGUCCAUGAGAAGUCAAUGCAGUUUUCUGCCAAAGACCUACGACUCAACUCCCUCAGAAAGUUUGCUCAAGCCUCCCCAAAGGAUUGUCAUUUCCGCUCCACGUUUGUAGUCCGGUUUCAAGAAUAAUGCUCCCGGCAAAAUGUUGGAUACAGGUUAACUUUCUCGGAUUUUGCCUCAUCCUCGUGGCUCUUGGAACAUGCCAAGGCUUUGAGGGUUCCAGUUCAGAAGAGGAUUUGACUCCUCGCUCUUUGCCAUUCUUUAGUUUUCUUUUCAAUCGCGACGUAGACCGUCGAUCAGGCAACACAUUUUCUCGGGGAACCACCCUGGGAUCCGAAUUCUUGGGGCGACGUAAGCGAGUCCCGGGCUCCGAAUUCCUCGGUAAGCGAGUCCCCGGGUCAGAGUUCUUGGGCAAACGGGCCCCGGGUUCCGAGUUUUUGGGCAAAAGGGCCCCGGGAUCGGAAUUCUUGGGCAAACGGUCGCCCGGGUCAGAGUUCCUUGGCAAACGCACCCCUGGUUCCGAAUUUCUGGGAAAACGAACCCCUGGCUCGGAAUUUCUUGGAAAGCGGGCUCCUGGCUCCGAAUUUUUAGGCAAGAGGGCACCCGGAUCAGAGUUCUUGGGGAAACGUACUCCGGGCUCUGAAUUUCUCGGCAAGAGGGCCUACGCAGAAGAUGAAGAUCUCCAGGAGCUGUUCCACCAGCUGUAUUCAGCCCACAAACGGAUGCCAGAAGUGCCAAUGUCGUCGGGCCAGAGCGACCGAGAUCUCAAUUGGGAACGAAUUCAAUCCAUGAUAUCAACGUAAUCAAAUCAAUCCUUCGUUCAAGAUAAACGUGACUAUGUUCUGUUUUCGUCUAUUUCCUAUUCCUGCACCAUCCUAUUUUGUUUUACAUCCCAAGUCUCGGCCCGUCGGUCCUUGGCCAAGUUGUAGUGGGGACCAUAAAGUGGCAUGCCCAAACGCCAACCUGACCUGACCCGCAGGUGCAAUAAUAUCCCCGCAAAAAACGUACACCACCCUCCAACUUGCAAACCCAUGGCCCCAACCAAUAUCAUUUUUCAAUACAAUCGGCAAUCAAUUCAUGAUGUUCGAUUCCAAAGAUUCAAAUAUCCAUGAGGAGGAGAUGUUUGAGCUUUGUUCUGACACUCGUUCAAGGAGUGAUGCCCACAUAUUCGGAAUAAGUUUACAUAGCCUUAUCUAGAGGGUUGGAAGUCUGAGAUGUUUCCGAUUGUUCGCUCGUUUCCUUCAGACUAAGUAAUAUUUUUAUGAUGACAGAAGCAACUACCAUCGUCAAAGUAAUAGCACUCUACUUCUUGUUCCCAAUCGGUCCCCUCUCCCUGAUUGGUCAUAUUUCGGCUUCUCGUUACGUACACGGUGCCCUAGCUUUCACAUAGUUUGUGAGUGAAAAACAGACAAUUAUGAAUGUGUAUCAAUCGCAAAUCUGCAAUGGAAUAAAGCCGAUGAAGUUUUGAUGAGGCAAAAUACA